ACAGUUUAUAACAAUUAGUUGAUUUUCUGUGUCAAAAACUUGGAAAGUUAUAUUUGAAGCUUAAAAAAAGCAAAGUUAUAAAAAUUAAUUUCAAAAAAGGAAAAUUUGUGAAAAAAAAUUAAAAACUUAAAUUUAGAGCAUUACUCGAUAAAAAGCUGAAAUUAUUCUCAGCAAAUCAGUUAGUGCUAUUGUGUUUUGCGUUUAUUGCAUCAUAUUAGCCCAAGGAAUUAUUGUGCAACGGUUAAAAAUGCGAAUUUUCAAUUCGAUUCCAGCAACAACAAAGAACAACACCAGCACAGCUGAUUUUCUGGAAUGAUUUUGGGUGGAAAUAAAAAUGAGAAAAAAAUAAAUAAAUAUCUUUGAGCGAUCGCAAUAUGCGUGUGAAUCAUAUUGACAUAUUAUGUUAUUGUAAAGUUGUGAAAUAAUAAGGAUCAUCUCAAAGUGAAUAUUAACAGUGAUUUCUAUUUAUUUUGAAACGCAAUAAGCAAGCGUUUACUAAAAAAAAGAAAGAAGACAAUCGAAAGUGAACAAUUCCAUUCUGAACUUUUAUUAUUAUUACAAAGGAAAAAAGAAUUCGAUUUUAUAACAAAUAAACAAAAUGAUUUGUAAUCAUCGGGUCCGCCUCAAAGAGCAAUUAUUUUUAGAUGGUGAUAAGCCAUCGCUUCUUGAGACCAUUUUCAAAUACUUGGCUAACAAUCUAAAUUUGAUCAGUCAACUAAAUCCAGUAACAAAAACUUGGGAGCUCAAAGAUGAUGUGAUUAUUCCAAAUGAAAUUUGUGAUAGAUUCCUUCAAUUCUAUCAAAGCUGUUCGUUGGGGAUCAACGACAAAUUUAUCAACAUCUUUAAACACACAAAUCGAACGCCAUUAAAAUUUGUUGCGUUACGUAACAGCUCGAUAACAGAUGAUGGCAUGCAACACCUGCUUCGACAUAAACUGAUCUCGUUGUCUUUAUGGUAUUGUGACAAAAUAACAAACGCUUCAUGGAGUAAUCUUAUUGCAAAUGGAAGUGAAAUGAAGAACUUAGAGUUGGGUAAACUUGUGGACAUGUUGAAGAAUCGCGAGCCUAAUGAAAAGACACCGAUAGAUUUUCAAAUGGAUCUUCCGAAACUUAAGCGUCUUGUGUUAAAUGGUGUCGCCCUUCAGUCAUCGAUUACAUUUAGUCAUUUAAAAGAAUUGUCUUAUCUCGACCUCACCGCAUGUCUCUUUGCUGACUUUAGUCUUGAAAGUCUCGUGCAUCUACCGCAACUUCAAACGCUUAUCUUAUUUAAUGUCUGGCCAUUGGAGCGCGAAAUACCGACAAUCUGUCAACUAAAGAAACUUCAAAUGUUAGACAUUUCGCUCUCGAAAUCAAUGAUGCCUUCUUAUACAUCACCAAAUAUAACGCUGGAGAUGAUCGUCGAGAGUUUGCCGUUACUUGAACAUUUAGAUAUUUCGGGAACGAAUUUAGCGGGCACUGGAGUAGCACAACAAGAAGCAAGAAAUGGAACGCACAGUUCAGACAUUCCCGGCUUGGGGAGUCGCGUUGAGCGUCCUUUGAAAUUUUUAGGACUUUACGAUACAGCAAAUUCAGCUUGUCGUCGUCAUGAUAUUCCCGCACUCUCAAUAGCCGGCGAUGCCAAUGAAGAUCAGAUUCUUUUAUCAGCAAUCAUGUAUCAAGAUCGUCACGAGAUGCUGACAAAAGUUCUCAAUGAUUUGUAUCAUUUACUUCGAUUCGAGAAUUGCACACAAAUCGAUCGAGCUUUACGAGCUGUUCUGAUAGCUAUGGACAAGCACAUUGGAAUCAAGCACAUACAGAUCUCAGGCAGUGCAACCUUGUUCUACAUCGUGAAAAGUAAGGAAAAGGUCAAGUUUGGAUCGAUUUUGAAGAAUCACAUUAUUCGUACUUUGCUAAAUGGAAUGUCAGCUCAUUUGUCUGAUGAUACAAUGAUGAGAAAUGGAUGCUUGACAUUGUGUCAGUUUUCAAUUCCAUCCGAUGUGCUUUUUGAAUACGAACGUCUUGUGAAAAUUCUUUUACAUGGCGUCAGUGAUACCGAACAGAGCUUUGUCCAGAGAAUUGCAAUUUAUCUUCUCAACUCAUUGGCGUGCCAAGUUGAUGGAAAUCAAAAGCUUUUCUUGGGUGAUUUGGGUGCUAUUUCGACGAUGUUGAAUCUCAUUAAUGAUCGUUUGAAUCGAAAAGUGUUUGAUGAUGUGAUGGAAGUCGCUUGGAGUACAAUGUGGAAUGUUACAGACGAGACAGCAGUUAACUGUGAAAGAUUUUUAGAUGGAAAGGGAAUGGAAUACUUUUUAGGAUGUUUAAGGUGUUUCCAUGACAAAGAUGAGCUUUUACGUAACAUGAUGGGGUUGUUAGGAAAUGUUGCUGAAGUGAAGCGUUUACGUCAUCGACUCAUGACGCCGGAAUAUAUCAUCGUGUUCUCUGAUCUUCUUGACUCAAACAGCGACGGCAUUGAAGUGAGUUAUAAUGCUGCUGGCGUUCUUGCCCACAUCGCAUCUGAUGGCGUUGAAGCUUGGACGAUUGAAUCACCGACACGAGAGGAAGUUCUCGAUCGAAUGUUCCAAGCUAUUGAGAGAUGGAACUUAGAAGCAGAAAGAAAUAUUAAUUAUCGUAGUUUUGAACCAAUUCUCGGAUUGAUCAAAUGUUAUGACACGCCAGCUUGUCAGAUUUGGGCAGUUUGGGCUUUAGCCAAUCUUACGAAGGUUUAUCCUGAGAAAUAUUGUAAGUUAGUUGAAGAUGAAAAUGGAACAAAACUGUUAAUGGAUCUAAUAGACCACAUGGAAACGAAUGAGAAGCUCAGAGAACUGGCGCAAAUGGUUUUAAAUCAAUGCGAUCUUAACAACGCCAAAAAUUUCAUGGAAGAAUAAUCCAUUUGAAGAUUGUUUUGUUAAAGUUAUUUUCACAAUUUUCUAUUUAAUUGAAUAAUUUCUAAAAAAAUUUUAUUUGUCAAACGUCGCAAACUUUUCUUUUUCUUUUUAGUUUCAAAAUUUAAAAUUUAAUGAAAAGAAAAUUGAAAUUGAUCAAUGAUGAGUUCUUUGAUCGAUUCCUGGAAUUAAUUAACAAAUUUCACAUUAUAAAAAUUAAAAUCCGAUAAAUUCUCAUGCGACAACGAUGUGAUCAUAAUUUGCGAGCAUUUUUUUGUCUUCUUCAAUCUAAAGGAAAGCUAAAAACUUUUCCUUCUUCAAUAAAAAGAUGUAAAUAUAAAGCAAAAGCUUCUUUUCUCGAAAUAACAAUUGUUUUGGAUUAUUAAGCACCGCUAAAAUUUAAGUAGAUUCUCUAUGUAAUUUAAAAGUUUUUGUUGUCAGUUUUCAAUUUUUUUUUUGUUUUUGACUAGAGUUGUUUAAGAAAAUUAAAUUCUUCGAUAUAACCAAAGUUAAAGCUUACGAACAUAACAAAGAAAUUAAAUUUUUGCAGAGAGAUUGAUUAUUGGGGGAGGUUUUCAUUAAAACUGGAAAUUGAGGUACUUGAAGUCACAACAAUCAUGACUGUCGAUUAGGAGAAUGAAAAAUUUAAUUAAACAUGCUAUAAAUAUUUUAAUUAUCCUUCAAAUUAAUUCAUUUUCUUCACGAUUAAUCUUCAAAGAAAUGAAAUCUAGACAUGUAAGAGAAUAAAAAUCUGUUAAAUAAAUCGCCGUUCUAAUGAAAACUUGUUGCUUAUUUAUGAACUUAUUUCUAACAGAAGCAAAGCAGCUCAGAUGGCUGGAGUGUAAAUAUAGACAAUUACAAAUUUUUAUUAAUUUAGAAAAGUAUAUUUCACAUCUCUCUGCAUAGAUAUUUAUGCAAAAGCACGAAUUAUAUCGCAUACAAUAAAAUACCGUAAAAGUUUGUUUCGUUUUAAGUCACCUAAACGAAGUCACUCUAAUUAACAGUGUCAUUGAAAAUAUCUUUGAUUUAUUUAUUCCUUUUAUGAUGUCAUAAGGUGAAGUGCAGAUGAUUAUGAGAGCAUAAAUUCUUCAUAAAUUCUUUUAGAAAUUUUAUUGCAAAGACUCAAUUUUCAAUUAAUGACAAAAGUUCUGGAAAAUAUUCAACAAAUUAGGAAUUAAAAUUACAACAAUUCGACUUUAUUCUUUCAUAAUCAUUUGUACAACUAAAUCAAAAUUUCAUUUUUUGUUUCCCUUCUUCAAUCACAAAAUAAAAAAUUUAAGUUAACUUUUUUUUUCUGAUUUGAAGAACUCAAUUUAUUUGUGCAUAAAAUAUUUCAGUUUAAGUGUUUCGAGUUGAAAAUUUAUUUAAUAGAUUAACAGAUUCUAAUCUAAAUAAUUUAAGUUUCAUUCAGUUGGAUGUGAAAAAAAAGAGAAAAAAUUAUAAGAUUAUAUUUUUAAUCCUCUCGGU